CGCUAACCUUAUUUUUGAAUUUGUAUACCCUGUAUCAGCGUGUGCGGAAAGCCGAGAGUACUUAGUAUCACUUAACGAUCAUUCAUCGGUAGCAUUUUGUAUACAGGCAUAGGGUUAUAUGCCGCAAACAGCAUUCUUUUAAGCCUUGUGUCCGAGAAACGCAACAUUUCAGUCAUAUUACGUACAUGUCGCUUGUAAGCAUCAAAAUUGUUUUACAUUAGAUUUUCCUUAUUGAAUGUAGAAUUUUGCCGAGAUCCGAAUAAGAUGAGCGAAUAAGAGAGCAAUUUUGCAAAGAUGUCUCAGGAAUCGUGUAAAGAUCGUCAGCAAAAUGAAUUGGAAGUUCUAAAGUCCAUUUUUGUCGAUGAAUUAUGUGACUUGAGAAAGAAUAAGAACAAAAGAAAAUGGCAACCUUUGGAUAUUGUUGUCACCUUAACACCUCAGAAAGGUAUGUCUGGACCGGCGGAAGUUUACGCACAAGUAGAUUUGCACAUUAUAUGCGGCGACAAAUAUCCUGAUGAAGUACCAACAAUUCAGUUGCAACAUAGUAGAGGUUUAUCUCACGAACAAGUUGCAGUUUUAUCUUCACAACUUGAAGAAUUGGCAGGACAAUUGAAAGGUGAAGUUAUGAUCUUUGAACUAACCCAGCACGUUCAGAAAUAUCUUCAUGAGCAUAAUAAACCGGGUUAUAGUAGUUUUUAUGAAGAAAUGGUAUCGAGACAUCAGGAAAGGAUACAAUCUGAGAUGCAAGAAAAGCAAAUAAAAGAGGAUAAAGAGAGACAGGUGUUGCAAGAUGCCAUACAGAAACGUCAGGAAGCUUUGAAGGCUGAGAAGCGAAAUCGAAAAGAAACAAUUCGAUUGGCCACGGACUCAGAGAGCGUUUUCAGAUCGAUACCAUCGUCUCCGCAUGAGAGAGGAAUAAAUCGUUUUAGACGUCGAUGUGUCAGCACGUCGGAAAGUUCUGAAGGCCCGUUAUGUGAGCACAGAGGUACCAAGCUCAUUCAUUUCGACAGUAAUAAAGGUGAACGACAAGUUCACCGAGGAAAAUGUUUGGGUCACAGUGCAAAGGGUUCCGUGGUUUACGCCGGCGUAGAUAUGACCACGGGAGAGUUGCUAGCUGUUACAGAAUGGACACUAAAAUGCACAAUAGCAAACGAAUGCUACUCUACUCAAGAAGCCAUCGAUGUACAACAUGCAUUGAAACAAAUUGCCAGCUUGGAACAAGAACUCAAUCAUUUAUAUAAAUUGCAUCAUCCGAAUCUUGUACAUUAUUUAAACAUGAAAUAUAUAAAUAAUGUACAAAAUAACAACAAUGUAGUAAUUUAUAUACUUCAAGAAUUUGUGGUUGGAACUACGUGCUCAUUCUUUCUGAUGGAAAACAUUCCGGUCGAUAUCGAUAUGUUGAGACAUUUGGCGACUGGUGUUCUCGAAGCGUUGCGAUACCUCCACGAGAACAAUGUAGUACACAAAGACUUACGUGAUACCAGCGUUUAUAUAGACCGGACGGGUGUUGUAAGAUUGUCUGAUUACUCUUUAGAUAAGAGAUUAUCGGAUAUGUAUUAUUCGAAUUCAUUGGCAAAGGCUGAACAUGAUUUUCCGACUAUUCAAGGUAGAGGAGGUAAAAAAGCAGAUAUAUACAGAUAUGGAAUAUUGCUGCUUUCAUUGUUGAAAGGAACCAUUAUAUCCGGAGAUGAAAUCGAUUUGAUGGCAAUCUCGCAGCUUCACUUAAGAGAUUUUAUAUCAAAAUGUCUCAUUGAUGAUGAAAGAAUGCGUUGGUCAGCGGAUCAAUUGCAACAACAUUGUUUUAUUAAAAUACCAUUAGAACGAGGUUUAUCACCUUCCACGCCAGACUAUGACGAUAACGAAAAGAAUUUAGAGCCGGAAGAAUCAGACAGCGAUGUCCAACUGCAUUUGCCAUAUCUGGGCGGACAGUCGCGAAUACAAAAUGAAUUUGAGAUUUUGAAAUUUUUAGGAAAGGGCGCUUUUGGAGACGUUCUAAAAGUGAAGAAUAAAUUGGACGGCGGUAUUUAUGCUAUCAAGCGAAUAAAAUUAAAUCCAAAAAAUAAACAAUUGAAUAAGAAAAUCACACGUGAGGUGAAAUUGCUCUCUAGAAUGAAUCACGAGAAUGUGGUGCGUUAUUACAACUCGUGGAUCGAAAGCGCCACUUUAGACGAUUCGGACAGGAAUAGUCAAUUUACACCAAUUACCACAUCGUCCGAGCGAACAGCCACUACACAGGAUAAAGCAGAUUUAGUUAAUCAAAUUGAUGAAAGUGAUGAAAUAGAAAAGUUUGCACCAUCUUUACGUGAAGUUGAAUGGAAUAUAUCGUAUGAAGCAAAUGUGACUGAUAGUGAUGAUGAUAACAGCGAUGCAUCGACUGAUUCCGAUAGCGAGGAACAUUGCACAUUUUUAAAUUUGUUACGAAUUGAAUCUUCCGAUAAUAUUGAAUUCAUAAGAGACAGUAUAUCAAAACAAGGUUCUGAAAAAACACCAGAUGACACUUCAAAUAACAACAUUGAUAAAGACAAAAAUGUUAACGAAAAUGUAACGGUGAAAGAAAUACAAUUUAUGUAUAUACAAAUGGAAUUCUGUGAGAAAAGCACAUUAAGAACCGCCAUCGAUAACGGUUUAUAUGAAGAUGAGGAACGUGUCUGGAGAUUAUUUCGAGAAAUUGUAGAAGGUUUAGCGCAUAUCCAUCAGCAAGGUAUGAUACAUAGAGACUUAAAACCUGUGAACAUUUUCUUGGACAGUAACGAUCACGUGAAGAUAGGAGAUUUUGGUUUGGCCACAACCAAUAUAUUGUCAACGUUGGUUCAAACGAUUGAUACUGAUAAGGAGUCACAGUUUGAGAAAGGAUGUAGUUUUGAUGUGGAAGAAUUAGGAUCUCUUACCGGUCAAGUCGGUACCGCCUUGUACGUAGCUCCUGAACUUUCUGCAAAAACUGCCAAAGCGAUUUAUAAUCAGAAAGUAGACAUCUAUAGCUUGGGAAUCAUCUUUUUCGAAAUGACAUACAAACCGUUAACCACAGGAAUGGAGCGUGUAAAGAUUUUAUUGAAUUUGCGCUCCAAAGAAAUCGUCUUUCCUUCUGAUAUAGUAGAAACAGAUAUGCCACAUCAAGUUCAUAUUUUACGUUGGCUGCUGAACCACGAUCCUAGUCAACGUCCUACUGCUCAAGAGUUACUUUCUUCCGCGUACUUGCCACCACCUCAAUUGGAAGAAACAGAAUUGCAAGAAAUGGUACGCCACACAUUAUCCAACACUCAAAGCAAAGCAUACAAAUAUUUAGUGGCAUCGUGUUUCGCGCAAGAUGUUACGCCCGCCGAGGAUAUUACUUAUGACAUGAAUUUGCCCGCUAGAGGAAUUCCAAAUGUCCUUUCAUUAAAAAAACAAUUUUUACAAGAAAAUGUAAAGCAAAAAAUUGUUGAGAUAUUUCAAAAACACGGUGGGAUAUAUCUUGCGACUCCGUUGUUAAUGCCGAAAUCCGUUCAGCAUUCGAAUUUCACGGAAUCUAGCGUGAAAUUAAUGACACGCGCUGGUAGUGUUGUUUCUAUACCUCACGAUCUCCGCACUCCUUUUGCUCGAUAUAUUAUAUGGAACAAUAUUUCACACAUUCGAAGAUACGCGAUCGAACGUGUCUUCAGAGACAAAAAGGCUCGUGGAUUUCAUCCAAGGGAAUUGUACGAAUGCGCUUUUGACAUCAUUAAUCCUAUUGAUAACAACCUAAUGACAGAAGCUGAAUUAAUCUUCAUUGUGUGGGAGAUAUUUAACGAAUUACCACAAAUUCGGGAAUAUAAUUUCAUAGUGCACGUGAAUCACACAUCGUUGUUGCAAGCUGUGCUGAUGUAUUGUGGUGUGGAGAAGGACAAAUAUCAGGACAUAUAUUCGAUACUGCAAGAUGCACGUGACGGGAAGCUAACUAAAUUUCAAGUUCAAACACACUUGAUAAGUUUAUGCCUUACGGAUCAAGCUAUGGAAACGCUUUUCAAUUUACUAGAGACUGAAAGCACAGUUACGAAGAUCACUAGUGUUUUGAGGACAAUAACAAAAAGAAAGGGAGAUGCUGCUGGUUUGGCCAAAGACGGUCUCAGAGAUAUAGAAACUGUAAUAUCUUAUGUAGAAAGUUUGGGGGUUAAGUGGCCUAUUAUUGUUGUACCUUUAUUAACAUAUAAUAUACAACAAUAUAGCGGUGUGAUAUAUCAAAUAACUUGUGAAUUAAAACACAGACGACGACGAGCAGGUCAAGAUGUCAUAGCCGCAGGUGGUCGAUACGACAAUAUGCUGAUGUCAUUUAGAAAAGUUUUAGAACGCACCGGAAUGGCGAGUAAGGAAACGAAGCAACACGGUGCUGGCAUUAGCAUAUCGUUAGAUAAAUUGGUAUCUGUCGUCUCCGAAGCGUGUGAAAAUUCGUGGGGUGAUAAUAAAUGCGGCAUUGAUGUUGCUGUAUGUUACGAAGAAAAUCCAGAAAGCGAAGAGAGAAAAGAAAAAGAAAUGAAAAAUAAAAUAAAUUUGUUGCGAGAAAUAUGGUCGUUGGGAUUGAAAGUCAUAACAUUAGAUCUGUAUAUAAUGGAAGAGAUACUAGAAUAUUGCAAAGAAAAUUCUAUAAGUCACAUAAUAUUCUUAAGAAACGGCACUUCAAGAGUGUUAACAUGGGAAAGAGACAGAUAUCAAGAAAAGAAAUGGAACACUAUACCGGAUAUUGUUGAAUAUUUACAACGACAGUCGGAAAUCUCGUUGCCAAUAUUAAAUAGAUCUGAGAGCAAAGUGAGCACGAACGAUAUACCGAUAGCGCCAAGUAAUCCAGUUAGCGUUAAUAUUAAUUUUAUUCUAUCCGAACGGGAUAAACUGAAUGGAAGUAAUAGGAAAAGUUACAAAAAUGCCAUAUUAGCGCAAAUAUCGUCUCACUUGCAAAGAAUAUCGCAUAAAACACCUGUCGAGAUAUUUGCGGUAUUUUUAGAAAUGUCUGUUGUAAGAACAAUAACCAGUUUUUUAGCAAUCGACGAGGAUGAACAAACAUUUCAAGAAAGUAUUCAAAUCGUAAUAGACAAGCAUCCACGACAUAAAAAGUAUAUCAAACAGAUCUGCGAGGAAAUGAAAGAAUUGAGGAACGAAAAAUCGAAACCCGUAGAGAUACUUUAUAGUCUGUUGGACGGCAAGUACAAGACUCUAAUUUAAGGAACCACUGAGAAAACGCCGAAAAAAUUUAUAUAUUUUCAUAAUAAACAUAUGAAGUCAAAUAGGUUGAAUGAUGUGAAGAAUGUAUGUUAAUGGGAACUUGAUAUAAAAUUAGAUAUUAAGCAUUUUUUGUACCUACUGCAUUUUGAAGUAUUAUAUGUUUAAUAAAAAAAAGAGAUUUAAAACAAAAAUAAUUUUACAUUUUCAUUUACUUUGUAUCAAUAUGCGUAUCAUAAUUUAGGUACAUUGGUAGAUUAUUUUACUUCAGACAGAUAUGUUUACAUAUAUACACAUAUGUAUGUU